ACGCACACAUAUGUACUUGUAUUCAUAUAUAUAUAUAUUUAGUAGCCCACCUUUUCCUUCUCUGUCUUCAACUCGAUAAACGCAAUGCUUUUCAAGAACAGUGUCUGAAAUUACAAACCCAAAACAAAUGAACAAAAGAAAAAUAAAAAAGAAUGGGGAGACAGCCAUGUUGUGACAAAGUAGGGUUGAAGAAAGGGCCAUGGACUGCAGAGGAAGACAGGAAGCUCAUCAACUUCAUCCUCGCCAAUGGCCAAUGUUGCUGGAGAGCUCUUCCUAAACUCGCCGGUCUCCUCAGGUGUGGGAAGAGUUGCAGAUUGCGAUGGACUAACUAUCUCCGACCAGAUUUGAAGAGAGGUCUUUUGUCUGAAUACGAAGAAAAAAUGGUCAUUGAUCUCCAUGCCCAACUCGGUAACAGGUGGUCGAAGAUUGCUUCGCAUUUGCCGGGUAGAACAGACAACGAGAUCAAGAAUCACUGGAACACUCACAUCAAGAAGAAGUUGAAAAAAAUGGGGAUCGACCCAGUAACGCAUAAGCCGCUUUCGACCGUCGAAGAUCAAAAGAAACAAGAACAAGAACAAGAAAAAACUACAAAAGACCAAAAUCUUGAAUCCCAGAUGACAGCACGAGAACCUAGCUAUUGUCUGAACAACAGCAACAACUUGACUGAAACGACUACGGAGAUACAAACGGCGAAGCAGGACGAUUUACUCAACGAUCAGUUCGUGAUGAACGUUACUAUAGAUCCCGGUUUCUGCGUCGAAGAGGUUCUUCUGGUUGAUCCGGAGGGUUUAGGGCUUGUCUGCAGCAACUCUGCAGUUCCCUCUUCUUCCUCUUCUUCUUCUUCAUCUUCGACGACUUCGAACUCAUCGCAAGAGUCAUCAUGUUUCUUGAAGGAUUUCCAGUUUCCGGAUUUUGAUUGGUCGGCUUCGGAUUACGGUAAUAAUGACAUGGACAACAUUAUGGACAACGGUAUGAUGAGUUUAUGGGAUGUUGAUGCCUUUAGCAGCUGGGAUUUGCUGGUAAAUGAUGAUAUUUCUCAGAGUUCUUGCACAUUUUGGUAAUUUUAUUUUGUUUUAUAUUUAAAGUUAUAGUUUUUUCCCCCUUGGAAAAUCGAAACUAUGGGAGGGGCUGAAAAGGAAAAAAAAAAAGCCCACCUUUUUACAUUUUUUUUUUUCUGAAAAAGAAUAAAAAGAGAUUUUUUUUUUGUUAUUUCACAUUGUGACAAAAUUGUGGGUGGAGUUGUAUAUUGGUAUAUUCCGUGUUGUAUUUUGGUUUGCAUG